UCGCGACAGUUUGUUUGUUUCCAUGGAGCCGAUAGAAGCUGCAAAGCUGCGGAUUAACUAGCUGACCUUAUAAUCAACUAGUUCGGGGCUGUUUUUGUGGUUGUUACACGGCUUUCAGGAUGUCAGGACGAAAAAACAGAGAUAAUCUCGAGACUCUGUUUUCAUUUGAGCUUUUGGUGGAGUUUAUCCGAGUCGAGAAAGACAGUAAAGUGUCCGACCAGCUGGCUCUUGCAGUGCGACUACUGGAUUUCCCAACGCUGCUCAUUCAUCAGCCUCAGCAGAGCCAACAACAACACCAUGGAGAGGAUCAGCAGGGAGAAUACACCUUUAAGAGAGGCAAGUCUUGUUUCUUCAAGAUGAACCUGAACUCACUGCACACCAAUCUAUGUAACAGCCCUCUCUAUGCCAUGGUGCUGGAUGUGAAAGAAGAGAUCCCUAAACUAGUUGGUACCUCUCUCAUCCCACUGGCCAAAGUGAUGGAGAGAAUCAGGCAGGAUGUGACUGAACAUGGUGUUUCUACUCCCUCGUCUCACGGUGAAAGAGGGGCUGUUGGUAUAUGCAACCUCAUGGGGGAGACAAUUGGAUCAAUUCUCCUGAGCUAUAAACUGUUAAGUCUGGGAUCUAGUUUACUGCCACAUAUCACAGAGAGGAAGGGUGUACACAGACAUGUACAACAAAGCAUCAUGAAAAACAUCACAGAAUCACCGCCUCUUCUUGACACACCGGACACGUCUGAUGUUAACAAACUAUCAGAUGAGAGUACCUUGAUAAAUGAGGAUAAACAUGGUGUUUGUGUUGCUAUGCAGACUGAACACCAGCCAAGAAGGCAAAUGACACUCAAAGAAAACGAUUUUACAGAAGAUUUAACUAUUUUUUGUCCGCCACAUCUCUUCUACAAUAAUUCUGCAGAGGGAAAAAGCAAAAAUGAUGAAGGAGUGGAUUGCAAAUUACUGAAUCUGGACUCAGAGGCUUUUAAAUUUGAGGACACAUACUCAGAAGAAGAGAUAGGUGAACAUAAAAUUGAAGGUACAAGUUCUCCAAUGAUGGAUCAGAGACGUGAAACAACUUCGAGAAAACAAGAAACAAGUGCUCCAAACGUCCUCGGGGAAACCUUGCGACAGUUGCCGCUACUGAAUGCUCUUCUUGUUGAGCUGUCACAGUUGAACGGACAGAACCAGCACCAGCCCUUGUCUAUUCAUCCCAAUCUGUCUUGGAUUUACAGGUCCGCUUCCACUGAGCCUUCAGCUGGAAACACACCACGAAAGGCGCAAACAAGACCGGGGACUAGUCCACACAAACUUUUCCAUUCCCCCAGAUACUGCUCUACACCUGUAGUUAGGCCUGCAUCUGUAAAAGUGAAAGACAAACAAGAAGAGGCUGUGAUUGAGAGUAAAAGCUCCAGUAAAUCUCCUCAGAAGAAGCUUGUAUAUGGCACAACUAAGACAUUCGAUCUGAGGCUGAAGCAAAUUUCUCCUCUUAAAGUCAACCGUCGUGAAUGCAUGGACUUAUUACAGAAUAAAACACAGUCAAGUAUGGCCAAAGGAAAGACAAAGUCAAGUAAUAAGAUUGUGAAGUCCAGCAAACGAAAAUCAGCAUUAAAUCAGAGCUCCAGUCUAAAUGAAAAUGUUGAGACAAUGAUGCAAAGCAUCACGGCGGACUCUGCACUACAAGGAACAGUCACGCUAAAACAGAAAACCCUGCGUGUGAAACAAGACAGAGACUCUCCGAGAAUUUCAAAAUCUUCCCUUUCUGAAAGAGACUUGAAAUCUAUUUACAUCCCCAGUGUGGAUAAUGACAAUGUUUCCCAAAACAAAGACGAGAAGGAGCAUCACAGUGAAUCAACUCAAGUCAAAUCACAGUCUGAAUCUGACAGGCACAGAGAGAAAACUGAAUCUUCAGGAAGCAGCAGACGCAGCAGCCCAAAAUCUUCAUUUUCAGACACCAGCGGCGAAGUAAACGAGGAGGAGGACUACGCCGAUGACUUUAACAGCCUCGAGCCCAGCGACGCCUACUCCCCUGAACCUGCGAGUAGCCCCGAGACCUCUAGAGCCAAGACUCCCAAAUCUCCCGUCCGCGUCGACUUCUGCAACUCAGACUCUGAAGGUUUCCAGAAGAGAACUGCCCUCCCGGUGCCCGUCAAAGCCCCCAGCUCUCCACAGCGUGCUCUGAGGGGUACACACAUCAUCCGACCUCGAACCCACGCCUCGGCCCUCAGCUUCUCCUCCGAUGAUGCAGACGGGUCGUCCUCCUUAAUAACCAUACGCUCCAGAAAACAGAUGACGGAGAGUAGUAGAGUGGAGAGGAGCUCUGGCACUGAGAGUUUCAUGUCAUCGAGAGGUCAAAGGAGCGGGUCGACCAAGAACACCGGUCCUGUUCGAGGAUUUUCUGCUGAAUCAGUAUCCUCCUUUGAACCGCUAGAGGUAGAGGAACUGGAGGAUGAGCUUGGAUCUCUGGAUUUCAAAAAGGAGUAUCGGCAUAUCUCUGAGCUAGUGGCCAACAAACUCCCUGGCUACACUAUGUAAAGAGAAAAUAUAGAAAUCCACAUUAUGGUCACAUCAUGAAUGAAACAGCUAGUAGUAUUGUAGUGUACAUAUCUAGCAAAUGUGUAAGUUUGUAUAUGUGUUUUCCGUUCAGUUAUGAUGUCUGACAACUUCUUUGAAUAAAGACAAGCUAUGGAAA